AUGGAGUCUGAAUACCUCAAGAGAUGCCUAGGAAUAUGCUUGGCAAAGGGACUUGCAGAAGUGGUAGAGCAUCGGCCCAUAGACCCAAUAGAGUAUCUGGCAUACUGGAUUUACAAAUACAGGAGAAAUUUAGAUGAAGAACAACAGAGGAAGCAGGAGAGGGCUGAACUUGAGCAAGAGCGUGAGGAGGCCCUGAAAGAACUGGAAAUGUUAGAAAAAAUGAAGGAAGAAGAACUCAUGUUCCAGCAGAAACUUGCAGAGGAGCAGCAGGCUCAGCUGGAACGAGAACACGAGGAGGCUCAGCUGGAACUAGAAAGGGUAGAGAAAGAGAAAGCAGAAGAGCUGUCCUUGCAGCAAAAAGCUGAAGAGGAACCGGGGGAUAAAUCAAGGACAUUAGCUGAGCUUACAGAUAAAUAUGGAGCCCCUAAUUUGGCCCGAGUUGAGGAGAUAGAUGAGAGUGGGCAAUCUGACGCUGCACUGAAUCUCACGGCUGAAUCAGAGGAAGAAAACCCAACUGAUAUGAAAGUCGAUUCCUGA